CGCUUUGUCACGUGUCUGUCGCUUCCUUUCCUUUAAGAGCCGCUCAGUUUGUUUCUUUACUGUCGGUCGUAGAGUUGUUUAUGAAAAGUCUAUUUAAGUUAAUUUAAAAGUCUGAGCGGAGUGAAAAUAAGAGAAGAUAUACGGAGUUGAGGAGACGCAUUCGGCCUUCUUCCCCUAACUGAGAGCCGCCACUGACUUUCAGAAUGCAUUGGGCAGUGCUUGUAUUUGCCUCUGCACUCGCUGUGGCCACCUUCGCCCUGGACAAUGGAGUGAUGAGGACCCCUCCCAUGGGCUGGUUGGCAUGGGAACGAUUCCGCUGUGACAUUGACUGUGAACACGACCCUAAGAACUGCAUCAGUGAGAAUCUGUUCAUCGACAUGGCAGAUAGACUCUCAGAGGACGGCUGGAGGGAACUUGGCUACGUCUAUGUGAACAUAGACGACUGCUGGUCCUCCAUGGAGAGAGACGAGAAGGGGCGGCUGCAGCCUGACCCUAAAAGGUUCCCAGGAGGCAUCCCUAAACUGGCACGCUACCUGCACGACAGGGGUCUCAAGCUGGGGAUCUACGGGGACAUGGGCACCCACACCUGUGGGGGCUACCCCGGCACCACAGUGGACAAGAUCAAGAUAGACGCUCAGACCUUCGCCGACUGGGGGGUGGAUAUGUUUAAAUUUGACGGCUGUUAUUCUAAUGUCACAGAGCAAGAGCAGGGUUACCCUCUAAUGUCAAAGGCUUUAAAUGCUACGGGCCGUCCCAUUGGCUAUUCCUGUAGUUGGCCUGCCUAUCAGGGUGGCCUGCCACCUAAGGUAAACUACACUCAGUUGGGCGAGAUCUGCAACCUGUGGCGCAACUAUGGCGACAUCCAGGACUCUUGGGACAGUGUCCUGAACAUUAUUGACUGGUUCUCGGAAAACCAGGAUGUCCUGAUACCUGCAGCCGGACCUGGAAGGUGGAACGACCCUGAUAUGCUGAUUGCUGGCGACUUUGGCCUCAGCAUGGACCAGUCUCGGGCUCAGAUGGCUCUGUGGGCCAUUAUGGCUGCUCCUCUAUUCAUGUCCAAUGACCUGCGCACCAUCAGCAGCGGGGCCCGCAGCAUCCUGCAGAACAAAAUGGCCAUCAGCAUCAACCAGGACCCCCUGGGCAUCCAGGGAAGACGCAUUGUAAAGGAGAAGAGCGGCAUUGAAGUGUUCUGGCGCCCCCUGUCAAGCAAUGCCAGUGCAUUGGUAUUCUUCAGUCGUCGUAAUGACAUGCCUUACCGCUACCAGAGUUCCCUCAGCAAACUCAACUACACCACCGGCAGCUACAAGAUCUUUGAUGUCUUCACUGGGAAGACCAUGAUGCUGAAAGACUCCACUGGCUUUGUGGUGUCAGUGAACCCCACAGGUGUGGUCAUGUGGUACGUCUCUGCGCCAGCCAAACUGAACCUCCGUCAGUUCUAUAAAGACGGCAAACUUCGAGGCUCUGCCUACGACGAUGAUGAAAACGCUAUUCCUCAUGUCCUCCUCUGACCACUCGCUGAUUGAACUUCAUCAUCUAAUAAUCACAUCACUGUUUCUGCCUCUUGAUAAAAAUGUUAAUUUACAAGACCUCACAUGUACAUUGUCAGGUGCUCAAAGGACUUCUUUCUCUACCACAAAGUGCUAAUGAAUAGUUCUAAAUUGUGUUAUCCUAAAAGCAUAGUACUAUCUAUUCCAAGUAAUGAAAUCACUGAAAGCUCAGGGACAGCCACUUUACAUCUGGAUAUGUUACUAAUCUGGAAUUCUUUAUGGGCUCUUUCUCUCAAGAUUUGAGAGAAAGAGCCCAUAAUGAUCAACUAUUGAUCAAGUGAAAGGGUUCAAAACAAAGCACACUUCAUAUUGUAGUGAGAAAAGCAAUGAUUUCACAGUGCAUGAGAGCUGAUGAUUGAUUUUUACAAUCUCAGAUAAGCUCGCCAAAGCUGAUAAACUGAUCAGCAUUACGACUCCGAAGUCUCCACUUCUCUCAUUGAAACAUUUCUUCUAAGGAAGCAGGGUAGUCUGUUUUAAGCUGUUCCAAAAAAGCACAGGUUUUUUAAAAUUUUUUAAAUGAUGCUUACAUUUAAAUUGUGCUUUGUUGUUUUAGUCUGUCAAGAUCCGGAUGUUGCAUUGCUCAGGAUAAUUGUUAUGAACGUGUGUUUUAGAAAUGAAGAUUUUUUUUUUUUUUAAAGAGGAAAUGAAUCAAUGAAUUAUGUUUUUUUUGUCUUCACUGAAAUAAAUAAUACGUUUCACUUUUCAA